CACACCCUCAUUUCCACUGUUCCCCAUCAAGAACAGAGAGGAAACAGAGCUCCCAACCCAACCCACCCUCACCAAGAAAAAGAACAAACAUACAAGAGAGGAGGAGCAACAGGGAGCCAUGGCGCCGUCCUACGACAAGACCAUCGCGACGGCGGCCUCCCUCGCGGCGUCCCUGAUGCUUGUUCGCAGCCUCGCGAACGAGCUGCUACCAUCCGAGGUGCGUGACGCGCUGUCUUCAGCCCUUGCCAGCCUCCGCUCGCGCAUGACGUGGCAGCACACCAUCGUCAUCGAGGAGACCGAGGGCUGGUGCAACAACUAUGUCUACGAUGCCGUCAAGGCCUACCUUGCCACGCGCAUCAACACCAACCUCAACAUGCAGCGCCUGCGGGUCAGCAGCUCCGACGAGUCUGAGAAGAUGGUUGUCAGCAUGGAGGCAGGCGAGGAGAUGGCAGAUGUGUAUCAAGGAGCGGAGUUCAAGUGGUGCCUGGUCACUCGCGAGGUCAAGGCCGACCCGGACAGCGUUAGCGGCGGGGCCCGCGAGGUCAGGUCCUAUGAGGUGAGCUUCCACAAGAGGCACAAGGAGAAGGCGCUCAAGGAGUACCUGCCCUUCAUCGUCGCCGCCGCCAAGGCCAUCAACGACCAGGAGCGGAGCCUCGACAUCUACAUGAACCAGUACGGCGACGAAUGGUCCUCCAUCGUCCUCCAGCACCCCUCCACCUUCGACACGCUCGCCAUGGACAUGAAGCAGAAGCGGGCCAUUGUUGAUGACCUCGACAGGUUCACCAAGAGGAAGGACUACUACAAGAGGAUCGGCAAGGCGUGGAAGCGCGGGUACCUCCUAUAUGGCCCUCCAGGUACCGGCAAGUCCAGCCUCAUCGCCGCCAUCGCCAACCACCUCAGGUUCGACAUCUACGACCUCGAGCUCACUGGGGUUGACUCCAACUCCGACCUCAGGAAGCUUCUCGUCGGGAUGACCAACCGGUCCAUUCUCGUAGUUGAGGACAUUGACUGCACCAUCGAGCUGAAGCAGCGGGAGGAAGACGAUGAGGAGCACUCCAAGUCCAACUCUGCAGCAAAGAAGAAGGCAGAAGACAAGGUAACAUUGUCAGGGCUGCUCAAUUUUGUUGAUGGCUUGUGGUCGACGAGUGGGGAGGAAAGGAUCAUCAUCUUCACAACCAACUACAAGGAGCGUCUCGACCCGGCCCUCCUGCGGCCUGGCAGGAUGGACAUGCACAUACACAUGGGGUACUGCACCACGGAGGCUUUCCGGAUCCUUGCCAACAACUACCAUUCCGUCGACUACCAUGCCACCUAUCCAGAGAUCGAGGCGCUGAUCCAGGAGGUGACGGUGACGCCUGCAGAGGUCGCCGAGGUUCUGAUGAGGAACGACGACACUGAUGUCGCCCUCCAUGAUCUUGUCAAGCUCCUAGACUUUAAGAAGAAAGAGACCACUGAGACCAAGACUGAAAGUAAGCAGGUGGAGGAGAAAAAAGAUGACAAUGAGGUGGUGCUGAAGAAUGAGUUGACAGAAAACGGAAGCGGCUAGGAGUGCGGAAACUGAUUGUGACAAGAGACUGAGCGUAGUACAAUGUAGAUAGGUCCUACAGGAGAUCCACUGGAACAUACAUAUAUAUGUUGUGAUCAUUUUGACAACUAAUAACAUUGCAUUUUUUGGACUUGUUCGGCGCACUUGUAUUUAACUUACACACGGUGUGCUUCUAAAUAAUUAUGCAAGUGCUGUUACAUACUCUA